GGCUGUUGUUCCCCGCCAUCUGACGUAUCAUCUUCAACUUGACUACUCUAACCUUUAGUUAAUCUUGACAGCAUCCAAGGCAGCCUUGCAAACAACAAUUAUGAACUCGUGAUAUCUGGGUGCCUGAUGGCAGCUCGUCAAUCACCAUGUCUGUUGAGAUCUGGCCUCCCAUCACGCCUGAGCAGCUUAAAAUCGAGGAGGAUGCCACUCUCGCCCGCGAGCUCACUUGGCUGCUGUCCGAACUCCAGUCAACACUCAAGACCCUGAAAUCCUCUCUCGAGGAGACGUACGCCCUCCUCGCCCCCAUAGAUCCUGGCAGCACACUCGUUGUCAGCACACCCCGACAUGAAGCCGUCAAGGGCCAUGUCACUCGUGUCGGCACCCGCCUGGUCAAGGGCACAAUCCACCUGCGCCUGAAGACCAUCCCACACCAAGGCCUCACACUGGAUGCUUCCAACCCCAUCCAUAUACCAGAGCUCAUCACAUUGAACACCCUUCUGACACAGUCCGUCGAUAUUCUGUCUUUCAUCGUCUCCGAGUCCACCAACGGGAGAAGCGAUCCCAAAUUUCUCUCCUCUCAGCUCCGACUUCUCUCCGAAUACCUCGCCGAGUCUCUUUCCCUCAUCAAGGGGCCGCAACUUACAGAGCAGAGUCCCGAGGUUGAUACAUUGUGGACGAGCUCAUCAGUCCCACCUUCCUGCUUCACACCACCUCUACCCCCAAACUUGAGCUUCUACAUCACACUUCAGGACGCCUCCCUGGUCUUAUACAUCCGAGCUCUCGAGUCGGCUGACGCCCCCGUCAACUUCGGCACCAAGUUUGCUCUUGCCAUUGGGACAGCUCGACGACUCGAGCACGACGAAGCCGAUCGUGUUUUUGCCUACUGUCCCGAGGGCGCAGACGAACAACCGCCAAUCACCGCUUCCGGCUCUAUUCGGGGCAACCUCCACCGCACACGCAGUGGCGGAAGGGGCGGCGGAAUGGGCAAGGGAAGAGGUACAGAAACGCAGGUCUAUGUUCGCGAAAAAGUCAGAGUGGAGAGCGCCGAUCCCAGUCUCAUGAGUCUCAGCGCCAAACUAGGUGCCCUUGGCCAUACGCUUCUCCUCGCGAGGCGCAACUUGGCGGUUGUUAUUGGAGAGGAUUUGCCAGAAAUCGGGGUCUAGAAUAUCCCUGCUCUGGAUGACAUAAAUGAGACCUGUCAUGUGCCGCUUGACGGUCAUGGGAUCAAACCCGCACGAAUACACGGGUAUAUCUUAUUCCGAGGGCAAAUUGAUGGUGUAGCUGAUGAGAAAGGACGGAGGACUGCCCUGACUCACGAAGCCACAGCAGAGGUUAUAUGCUGUCUGCCUAGUGUGCGAUACGCGCGAUAGUACUUUGGUGAAGGUCGCUGCACAUCCCCCUACGCAGUAGGUAUAUGUUAGGGCCCUUGGGGAAAUUGACGGGAUAAUCCACGUGGAAUAUGUGUUGUAGUACAUACGUAUAGCUUGGGCAAGUUAAUGAACAUAUCACAAGCCAACUUACCCAUCCCUGUCGAAUAAAACGUAGAACCAC